UUUUUAUUUCCUCCUUCACAUGGACCCUAUUGUCCGAAUCCGGGAAUAUCAACGAGACAGAGUCAAUUUUGUGCUCGAGAAUGUCGACCUUGCAUUUGCCAACUCCCUUCGAAGGGUCAUGAUGGCAGACCUACCUACUAUUGCGAUUGACUUGGUUGAAAUAGAGGCCAACACGACUGUGCUCCCGGAUGAGUUCAUCGCGCAUCGCUUGGGCAUGGUUCCGUUGGUCAGCACGAACUGUGAUGGAGCAAUGCGGUAUACAAGAGACUGUAACUGCCUCGAAAACUGUGCAUAUUGUUCAAUCGUUCUGUCUCUCAAUGUUCAAUGUAACGACUCUAUCGCAAUGGAGAUUACCAGCGAUCAGCUCGAAAUACAGCCACAUCCUAAUGAAGGGACGGAAGAAGCUGGCGAAGAACGAGUUAGACGUUCCGAGAACUUCGGAACUCCUGUAGGGAAAAACGAUCCCGAUGCCGAUCCCAUUUUAAUAUGCAAAAUCCGCAAGGGACAAGAGCUGAAGCUGCGUUGUAUAGCCAAGAAAGGAAUCGCAAAGGAACACGCAAAAUGGUCACCAUGCUCGGCGGUAGCAUUUGAAUAUGAUCCUCAUAACAAGCUACGACAUACGUCGUACUGGUUCGAAACAGAUGAAAAGGCCGAGUGGCCCUUAGGGGAAAACGCUCGGGAGGAGGAACCACCGAGAGAAGAUGAACCUUUUGAUUUCAACGCAAAGCCAAAUAAAUUUUAUUUUGACGUGGAGACGGAUGGUAGUUUAGGCGCACAGGAGGUGGUAAUGAAAGGAAUUGCCGAACUACAAAAAAAGCUAGCUUCACUGGUCCUGGCGUUGCGGAGAGUUCGAAAUGGCGAAAACGAGAUGGAUAUGCCAUCCGGCGGAGAUCAAACAUUUGUAGAUCAACCCGCAGGGGGGUCUGGUGAAAGAGGAUGGGGUUCUGGAGCCGGAAGCGGCUGGGGAAAUCCAUCCUCGAGUGCCAGUGGCGCUGGUGGUGGUGCAAGUUGGGGCGGAGGUGCUAGCCCUUCCCGAGGUGGAGGCAAUGCUGCUUGGGGAUCCAGUCCUGGCAAUGCAAAUGCUUGGUCUUCGCCUUCAAAUGCUGGCUGGGGUAGCCCUUCAGCCCAAGCAAACGGAUGGAAUGUGUAGCUGUCAUAACUUAUGUACUUUGUUCAUGAUGUGUAACGGUUUGAUUAGAUUGUAAGUUGAAACAAGAAAUAAAG